GGCAAGGCGCAGCCAAUGGGAAGGGUCGGAGGCAUGGCACAGCCAAUGGGAAGGGCCGAGGCACCAAAGCCAAUGGGAAGGUCCGGGAGCGCGCGGCGCGGGAGAUUUAAAGGCUGCUGGAGUGAGGGGUCGCCCGUGCACCCAGCCCCAGCCGUCCUGUCCUGGCCGCUCGCUCUGCUUCGCUGCGCCGCCACUAUGCUCUCCCUCCGUGUCCCGCUCGCGCCCAUCACGGACCCGCAGCAGCUGCAGCUCUCGCCGCUGAAGGGGCUCAGCUUGGUCGACAAGGAGAACACGCCGCCGGCCCUGAGCGGGACCCGCGUCCUGGCCAGCAAGACCGCGAGGAGGAUCUUCCAGGAGCCCGCGGAGCCGAAAAGUAAAGCAGCUGCCCCCGGCGUGGAGGAUGAGCCGCUGCUGAGAGAAAACCCCCGCCGCUUUGUCAUCUUCCCCAUCGAGUACCAUGAUAUCUGGCAGAUGUAUAAGAAGGCAGAGGCUUCCUUCUGGACCGCCGAGGAGGUGGACCUCUCCAAGGACAUUCAGCACUGGGAAUCCCUGAAGCCCGAGGAGAGAUAUUUUAUAUCCCAUGUUCUGGCUUUCUUUGCAGCAAGCGAUGGCAUAGUAAAUGAAAACUUGGUGGAGCGAUUUAGCCAAGAAGUUCAGAUUACAGAAGCCCGCUGUUUCUAUGGCUUCCAAAUUGCCAUGGAAAACAUACAUUCUGAAAUGUAUAGUCUUCUUAUUGACACUUACAUAAAAGAUCCCAAAGAAAGGGAAUUUCUCUUCAAUGCCAUUGAAACGAUGCCUUGUGUCAAGAAGAAGGCAGACUGGGCCUUGCGCUGGAUUGGGGACAAAGAGGCUACCUAUGGUGAACGUGUUGUAGCCUUUGCUGCAGUGGAAGGCAUUUUCUUUUCCGGUUCUUUUGCGUCGAUAUUCUGGCUCAAGAAACGAGGACUGAUGCCUGGCCUCACAUUUUCUAAUGAACUUAUUAGCAGAGAUGAGGGUUUACACUGUGAUUUUGCUUGCCUGAUGUUCAAACACCUGGUACACAAACCAUCGGAGGAGAGAGUAAGAGAAAUAAUUAUCAAUGCUGUUCGGAUAGAACAGGAGUUCCUCACUGAGGCCUUGCCUGUGAAGCUCAUUGGGAUGAAUUGCACUCUAAUGAAGCAAUACAUUGAGUUUGUGGCAGACAGACUUAUGCUGGAACUGGGUUUUAGCAAGGUGCUGGGAGACCGUGAAGUGCAAAGCAGAUGGAGUCCAGGCCCUCGGGGAGACAGCACGCCAGUGAGGGAGACGGAGACCAAUCACCCACCCAGUGUGCGGGGAUGAGAAGCUCGGGAAGGUCUGACCAGCCUUACGUCUUGAAAGGGAAUCCCCUGCUUCUGCGUGUCAGGUGUUACUCGGGGUGCGCCAGUGGAAGCGGGAGGCAGUUGCAGCUUUCAGGUGUGUGGACGGCUUAAUACACUUGGAAGCCUCAGAACAAGGACUGGCAGUAAGUGCUCAAUACAUUUUAUCAUCAUUGUUAUUUUUGACGCUGAGGGUCACUGUAAUGACCAAUGAACCAGCCGGUGAAGUGGGAUGAAUCCAUUCAGGAGCACACAGGGCUCGGGUUCACUCAGUGCUCACGGGCGAGGUGAGCAGGCUGGCAUCUGUUUGGAUUGGUCUCUGCUUGAACCCUGUUAGUUGUGAAACAGUUUGAAUGCCAUCCCAGGGUAGAAGAGACAGAAACUUAAGGGCUACUUACAGAUGCAGGGACUAGGGGAGGGAUGUGGGUGUGGCCAGAGAAUCCAACCCUGGGGACCACCCAUUUCCUAUCUGGGCGGCCAGGGCCCUGCAGGAGGUGCCCCCGUCACUUACAAGCCAGGGCCCCCACUGUCCCUCCUUGGUCCUGCAGUCCAUCUGGGAUGUGAGGCUACUCAACCAAGCUCAGUUUUUGCAGCCAGGCACACGGGGGAAGGCUGCCACUGGCUGCCAUCACCGACUGCGAGGGGUUCCUCAUUCUCAGCUGGCUUUACCCUUUGCUGCUCCUUGAAUAAAGUGUUUUGAAUUCUGCCGCACAGAGGGGACCCCGCUUUACUCUUUUGGUUUCCUUUUGCCCGAACACAGCUCACUACAGCCUCAACCUCUUGGGCUCAAGCCAUCCUCCCACCUUAGCCUCCUGAGUAGCUGGGACCACAGGUGCACAUCACCACACCUAGCUGAUUUUUUAUAUUUUGUAGAGACGUGGUUUCACCAUGUUGCCCAGGCUGUUCUCAAACUCCUGAGCUCAAGCAAUCCGGCUGCCUCGACCUCCCAAAGUGUUGGGAUUCCAGGCGUGAGCCACUGUGCCCGGCCUCUUUUGGUUAUCUUCAUCGGAACACUUACAGGACCUUUGAGAGACCCCAUCAAACACAUUUCCCUUUGGGCACCUACACUGAAUCCUCUGGGAUGAAAUUUCAGCCAGGAGAGGGACUGAAGUAGAGUCACAUGUGGGGACCUCCCAUUAGUGGGCUCCGUAGCUGAUGGUCCCAGGACAGGGGCCCUGUGUGGAAAGAAGGGCAGACCUAAGGGAAGCCAACAGGGGUGAGGACCACGGCGCGGGGGCCACAUUUAACCGGCUGGGGACCAGCUGUUUCUAAGGCUUCUGCCGCUCAGCUGGACAAAAGGGAGAUAAAUAUUGUAAAGUUUACGGGAAAUAACAGUUUUAAACAAGCGCUGGAAGUGUAAAGUGCCCACAGGCAUUCAUCAUCAUCACCGCUCUCAUCCUCUCCUGGGUGACCAGGGCGAUGAAUGACCCAAAACACCACACACGAGGAAAGGCAAAGAGAUCAGAGACUGGUUCACCCAGAGAGACCGGGAUGCUGCCUUCCAAAAUGGAAGAGCUGUGCUGGAAAAGCUGCAUUUGACUCACUGGAAUAAGUGCAGGGGUCCAGGGCCUGCUGAUUGCUUCCUGGUCCCUGUGCACAUGCCCCGUGGUGACUCCGUACAGUGCUUCACAGAUCUUUUGCUGAGGAGCUGGGGAUGGGCAGGGAAGGAAGCUUGGACUGGGUGCCUAGAAGCUCUGGGCAGCAGCCGCAUCAGAGGCUUUUGAAGGCAGGAAGGGCAGCCAGCGGCCUGGAGGGGAGCACAGCAGCUGCUGGUGACAGCUUGCUGGGUCGUCACAGGGGCUCUGGAAGGUCCUUCUGCCCCGAGGUUUGGCUUAGCUUGGUGAGGGCAGCGUGGAGGACACCGUUCCAUCUUAAUGCCUUUCCAAUAAAGCCUUGAAGACGACAGGCCCCAUUUCCUGAGCAGAGCUGAACAGUUACUUUACACUUCAUCUAAUUGAUUAAAAUGACUCCUCUAAAUUAACCAGGCCUUCCAGAGCUGAGUGCGGGAGAGUGAAGUCCAGAGACCAGAGCCGGCUGCAGGGGCAGGCCGGGGGCCCACAGCCCUUCUCCCGGGCCCUGCUGUCCACCAGCCCUGCUCGCACCCCAGGUUCCUGGUGGCCGGCGCGCUUAGGUCAGCCGACUGGCUUCUGUGCUCUGCCCCUGAACACCAAGCUGCCCUGAACAGAGCCUGGUCUCUCAGGGUGAGGGUGGGUCAGGGAUACCACGUGUGCUCCCUGCUCUCUGUGUCCGUGUCUGGCAAAUUGGUGAGGGGUCAGGCAUCCCAGGUCUCCUUUUAUCUUCCACACUGCCCCUGGGGGUAGAGAAUUAUGGUCCCAUUUCACAGCUGAAGAAACUGAGGCCCGUCUGCGAUGCGUAGCUAGCAGGUGCAGAGGCAGGGACCAAGGCUCAGCCUGUUGCCUGCAAAGCCCUCGCACUGUUCCCUAUGGCGCACCAGCUGCUUGGAUGCUCCCACGCAGCAGUGCCUUGUCAUCACAUUCUAUUUGCUGAGCGGCGAUGGAACAGGCCCUGCGUCCCCGCCUGUGUCCUAAGCACUCCACAAGCAUGAGCGUGUCUAGAUGGUGAUGGUUUGCUCAUGGUCUCUCUCUCAGAGCUUUUACCCCGGCGGGGUUGGGAGCGUGGCAAUGGGUCACCACUGACCCUGUUAGGAAACAAGUGUUUCUGUACAUGCCACUUAUGAUGGGGACAGGCCAUGGUCACUUUGCUGGGGCCAGUGUCAGCAGGAUGGCAGAUGCUUUGAGAACAUGGCUAAGAACUCUGCCUUCUGGAGCAGGAUGUCAAAUGCUGUUUGAUUCAGGCAUGUGACACCUGUCAAGAGCCCUGGCACAGCUGCUCUCGAGACACGCCUCGACUGCCACUCUCCCACCCCUGCGUGGCACCCUCCUGACUGUUUUAUCUGCCUUGGUUUUUCUGGGUCUGGUGUAGCACCUGCCCCAUAAGAAGCGCUCAGUAAAUGAUUGUUGAUACAAGAUUGAACCAAUCAAGGAACGAUGAGCCAGUGAAGGGCAAAUGACUGGAAGCAAAAGGCCCUCUUGAUGGAAUUGGGAAGAAGCUGAUCCGAGGGCCCAGGACAGCCUUCCCUCGAAUGCCCUGCUGCUGAGGUCUCACUGCUCAGCUUGGACUCGCCUCUCGCCCUGCCUGGCUGCAGAGGACAAACAGUGGGGUGGUGGGUGUGUGUCCGUGCCUGUGUGUAGGAUGUGGUAGCUGGUGAGUGUCAGGGCUCUGCACGCCACGCCCUGCCUUGCUUCUUUCUCUCCUCUCAGGCUGUGUGUAGUCCUGGGCCAGGUUUUUUCAGCAGGCGUGGUGGUGGGAAGGUCCUCUGUCCCUUGCUCAUCCUGUGUCCUGGCUCUUCCUCCUUGUGUCUUCUCUCUGGGCCAGGAGGAAGUGGAGAGGUGGGAUCAGGGCUGAUGUCCCCAGCCUGGGUGGCAGUGUACUGGACCAUGGGUUCCCACCCAGAACUCUUCAUGGCAGAGACCUAUGGCCUGCCUGUCCUCAUCUGAAGAUAACUUGGCCGUUCUGAUUUCUCUUCCCGCACAAGGCCAUGGUGGCUGCCUCUGAGAUUUAAUAAGCCCUUAGGUCAAAUGUCUGCUUGGCCAGAGGAAUUGUCUCCCGGGCUUUCUUGGAGACAGCUCUAAAGCAUGCAAACUAUAGUGUCAGGAGGAAAAGCUCUUCCUCUACCCACUUUGUUCUGUGUUUGGGGGUCUGAGAAAUUUAACAGCCAACAGAUCAACAGAAGAAAAGACAAAGGCUUUUCUGUUUUUUUUUUUUUUUUUUUUUUUUUUGCCUUAAGCAAAAAUCCUGCUAGGUUGGUUUAGCAAGAGCCCCCUCAUUCCUGGUGUUUCCCCCUAGUAGUUUUUCCUCCACUGACCCCCACCCUGCUCCGGCUAUUAAUUCCUACUUUUCCUUGCUGUAUAUGUGGCUGAGCCCAACCUCUCUCCCCAACUGCAGAAUCGCAUCACAGUGGGUCCUAUACCUAAGGCGAUAGUUCCUUCCCCCCACCCCUGACACCCCCAAUAAAAUGUGCCUUCUUACCAUCAU